CUUUUUACAUUCAAUUUUUAAGUAUUAAAUUGAAUUAUCAAACGUUCUCAUUAUUGAGUCCAUUAAUAAGAAUUAAACUAUAUAUGUUUGAAAACAAUGUUGAAGAGCCUAAAAAAGUUAUUAAAAAUUCAAUAAAGUAAAAUUCAUAAAUUAGAUUGAUUUUGAGUGUCAUCCGCAUUAGUUUAAAUCUAUACUACUCAUCUCUUUUUUAAAUAAAUUUUAGGCUACCUUUUUUGUACUCUUUUAAUAAUCUAUUUGUUUAGGUGGGAAAUAUUUUCUCUAAUUUCUAGUGUCGGGUAGAGAAAAAUAAAAAUCAAAAGAAAAUAAACUUAUUUGAAUAAAUAUUUUUUGAACUUAAGCCUUACCAAUGCCUACCACAACCACUUUCUACCACGGUAUCAUCCCACCACCGGACUACCACUAACACAACAACUAAUACAUUAAUUUUAAAGAACACAACCAAACAUAACAGAAAAUAUUUUUUGUAAAAUGUUUUUCCGUUAAAAAUUGUUUUCUAGCAACAAAGUGUUAACUCUUUUCCCUUUUUGUAAAAAAAUAGGCCUAAUCUGUACAGUCUUGUGUUUCCAAAUUAUCAUAUAAUCUUACAGUUAGAAUAGAAGUGUAUUAAGAUAAAAGAAGCGUUUAGAGAUUCUUAGAUGACAGUGAGAAGUAUAUUAGGACAGAAGAAGUUAGUGACAUAGAAUUCAACUCCAUAUGAAAUACUAAAAACCAAGAAGUAGAACUCUGGUAGAAGACUAGCAUAAUAGUCAGGACUACUUAGCAACCAAUAAUUCAUAUAUAUAUAUAUAUAUUCUUUUCACAUACAUACACUGAUACACACAAGAAUUCAAUGGAUAUUGUGACGAAGCCACGCUCUCCAUGGGGAUGGGGUGACAUGGAUCAUAAUAUUCUCACAAAAAUAUUCAGAAAUACAUGUGUUGAGCACUUGAGCUCGAGUGUGUCGUGGGUAUGUCGUUCAUGGCGGUUUGCAUGUUGGGAGGUCAUGUUUUGGAACCAGAAUUUUUUUGAUUUGCAACAGUUUGAAGUGUUUUCUGAUAAAUCAGGCCCGCCUUCUUCUCCUUCUGAUGUUGAUGAGUAUUGGAAGACGGAGAUCAGAGCGAUGAAACUAAUUCAAAGUAUUUUCCAAGGCAACGAAGCAUAUGGUACCCCAGCAAAGGGUUGGAGUCAGUCUCUUCGGCAACUCUUGCUUCCUUCUUCCUUUCAUGUUUCUGAUAGAAUUCUUCUAUACAUUGCAGAGAGAACACCAGGGCUCACCAUGAUCUCCCUGAGCAACACAAGCAAAAUAGCAGGAACAAGCUUUGCAAUGGCGAUCACUCACUGGACCCAUCUCAAAUUGUUGAUCAUCGGUCCAAUCGAUGGCGGUUUCAACAUAGACAUUAUCAGACAACUUGGUAAACACUGUAACAAGCUCGAAAGCCUCCACAUCCACGUCAAUAGUUUUACAUUGGACAAGGACUCUGCAACCGCCAUAGCAACCAACCUUCCGAGGUUGAAAAGUCUUUCGUUUCUUCGCUGUUCGAUACGAAAAUCGGGAGUUAAGGUUGUUGCCAAACAAUGCUCAAAAGUUAGUUUUGUUGCAAUCGAAUGUUGUUCGUUGGUUGAAGAGAUCGAACCAUCCUUGACGAAGACGAGAGAGCCUAGGUGUUGCGAUUUUGAAGAAUGGCGUUCUAGGAAACUUGAGUUUCGAGUUACUAAUGAUCGGCGUUGGUAGUCAUUUAUAAAAAAACAAUAUGUGAAACUGUUUAAUAUUUACAUAAUUUUAAGUGCCCAACUUUAGUCAAGUUGUUUUUUA